AUGUGUGAUAUGGGUAAAUAUGAAAAAUCUGAAAAAUAUUUAAAAAAUCUUUUAAAAGAUUUACCAAAAAAUCAUAGUGAUAUUCCACAAAUCUAUUUUCAUCUUGGUCGUGUUUCUUAUCUUCGUGGUGAACAUAAACAGGCUCUUGAUUAUUAUGAACAUGCAUUAGUUUUACAAAAAACUGAAAUUCAACCAGAAGAAAAAUCAUUUGCUAUAGCACGAACAUUACAUAAUAUUGGAAAUAUUUACUCAGAACGAAGACAAACAUCAAAAGCAUUGGAAUAUUAUGAACAAGCUUUAGAAAUGAAACGUGCCGUACUUAUUGAUAAUCCUAAUCAUGCAUCAAUUGCAACAACAUUAACUGCUAUCGGAACAAUUCAUAAAAGACAAGGAGAUUUUCAAAAAGCAUUAGAAUUAUUUCAACAAGCAUAUGAAAUGAAAAAGCUUACAUUACCACCAUGUCAUCCAUCAGUUGCUGAUUCAUUAAAUCAUCUUGGAACUAUCUAUCAAGAUCUCGAUGAUAAUGAGAAAGCAUUACAGUGUUAUAAAAGUGCAUUAAAAAUAAAAGAAAAAACUUUACCACCAGAACAUCCAUCAAUAAGUGAUACCUUAAAUAAUAUGGGAAUUGCUUAUCGACAAGAAGGAUAUUAUGAUAAAGCAUUAGACUGUUAUACUAAAGCACUUAAAAUCGAACAAAUAACAUUAUCAUCGGAUAAUUUAGGUCUUGCUGAUACUUAUAAUAAUUUAUGUAUACUUUAUUAUGAUCAAUUACGAUAUGAUAAAGCAUUAGAAAUGGCCCAAUUAAAAUUAAAUAUAUUAAAAAAACAUUUUGAUGAUGAUGAUGAACAAGUUGAAACAACAAAAAGUGUUAUUGAUGAGUUAAAUGAAGAAGUAAAUAAACAAUGCAAUAUAAGAGAAAACAAUAAUACUUCGUCUGUAGCGUAUUUCUGA